AUGGGCAAACAGGACUUCCAACAUCAAACAAGAAAAGGGCAGCCAUUUGACCCAUCACUACCAAUCAUGAAAUCAGUCUGCAAUGUGAUCUGUGCUGCAGCUUUUGGACAUCUCUUUUCUGUGGAAGACAAGGAUUUCCUGCAGUUGAUGAAAGCCAUUCAGAUGGCCUUAGAAUUCCUAGGCACCUUCUAUUAUCUAUUCUAUGAAGGUUUCCCAUGUAUCAUGAAACAUUUGCCAGGUCCUCACCAGGCUGUCAUAUCUGCUGGGAAUUCGAUCAUUUCUUUUGCAAAGAAGGAGAUUAAACAGCAUAAGGAGAACCAGAACCUGCAUGAACCACAGGACUUCAUUGAUUUCUAUUUAUUUCAAAUGGAUAAAAGCAAGGAUGAUCCCAAUUCUACCUAUGAUGAAGACAACUUGGCUCAUUGUAUUGUUGACCUCUUUGUUGCUGGGACAGACACAACCUCAGCUUCUCUCCAAUGGGCAUUGCUUCUCAUGGCCAAUCAUCUGGAGAUCCAAGAUAAAGUCUACAUGGAGCUGGAAGAAGUCUUUGGUUCAUCUCACUCAAUCUGUUAUGAAGAUCGGAAGAGAAUGCCAUACACCAACGCUGUCAUUCAUGAAAUCAUGCGAAGUAAAUAUGUGCUAUUUCAUGGACUUCCAAGAAAAUGUGUGAAGGAUGUCUAUCUGAAUGGUUUUCUCAUUUCCAAGGUACAGAAUAUGGAUCUUUCUGGGUUCCUGGGGUUUAAACUUACUGCAAAGUUUAAGGGCUCCACCCUCAUGUAG